UAGAUGUCCUUUAGUUCUUGGAAGAUUUCAACAGUUAUCCAAUUAAAGUGUUAUCUCUCCUUUUAGUUGUCUAGUCUAUAGGGCUUUAGACUCUGUGCCGUCAUCAACAGUCAAUCCUGGAUCGGAGCAGCAAACUGUUCACAGCUCAUACUCAGUAAACUGCAGCUACUGUUGGACUUCUGGAUCUGACUGACCAAUUCUACAUUUCAUUUACAAAGAGGCUUUCUGAGGAGGUAUGGGUGCCCACGGAUCCAGCCUGGAUGAAGUCUUGGCUGAGGACAUGCACCACUGGUACAACAAGUUCAUGAGGGAAUCUCCAUCAGGUCUCAUCACACUCUUCGAACUCAAGACCAUGCUGCAGAUGCAGGGGAUGACUGAGGAGGCCAACAGCUAUGUGGAUCAAGUCUUCUUCACCUUUGACAUGGAUGGGGAUGGCUAUAUAGAUUUUGUAGAAUACAUUGCAGCUGUAAGUCUUCUACUGAAAGGAGAGAUAAACCAGAAGCUGAAGUGGUACUUCAAACUCUUUGAUCAGGACGGAAACGGCAAGAUUGACAGAGAUGAAAUGGAGACAAUAUUCAAAGCCAUCCAGGACAUUACCCGGAGUUAUGACAUCCCUCCAGACGAUAUCGUGUCUCUGAUCUAUGAGAGGAUCGAUGUCAAUAAUGAAGGUGAGUUGACGUUGGAGGAGUUCAUCACAGGGGCUAAAGAACAUCCUGAUAUCAUGGAGAUGCUCACCAAGAUGAUGGACCUCACCCAUGUCCUGGAGAUCAUAGUCAAUGGGCAGAAAAAGAAAGGAGUGACUGCCAGUGUUUGAUGUUUUGCACAAUAAAUGGUUCCCAUUCUGAUUUAAGAUGAUCAGCUGUGUGGUUUACAAGCAUAAACCAGACCUAACAGAUGCUUGCAGCAUCUCAGAGGUGGACACAAGUGAUCAUCAUUUCUGAUUGUCUUUCAUACACUCUCUCUGUUGUUGUGCCUCCAGAUGUUAGCGGAGCUCUCACUUACCCUUCUUCUUUUAACUGAAUCACUUCUACAAGUCUGAAAAUGUCAUUCUUGCAGGCAGAAAUGACACAAGAGGAGAUGAAUCCAUGGUGUAAUGGAUCGUUUGUCCUAUUUGCUGGCGUGUGAAGCAUGUUCUUAGCAAUGAAUAUGCUCGAUGCAUGUAUAGUGACCCUAAAAUGUAUAUGGACAUUUUAGCCUUAGUUAGGAUGUAUCGAUGUCUAAUAAAUUAUUAACAGGACAUUAAUAUGACAGACAUUUUAAAUGUGACUUACUUUUUAAGUGUCCAAAUACAGUUCAGGGGACAGUGUGUAGGGAGGGUCCAGUGUCAUAAAUAAUUGUACAGUUUUUCUAUUGCUGUAUGUAAUCUUCAUUUUGACUUUUGACAUUUUGUGCUAAAUUAUUUAGAUAUCUCUACAGGUCUACUGUUCUAACUUGUAACCAAUGCCUUACAUAAAUAAAUGCAGUAUGCUGCACAUUUGG